AUGUUUUUCUUGCUAACGCAUCUUAUUAAUUCAGGGCUUUAUUACACCUUUAAGACAGAUCCCGAUAGAGCAUUUGAUUUCAGAUAUGGAGAAGAUUAUCAAACAACAUUUGAUAAUUUUGGCUGGCGAGUUCAAUUAAGAACGAAUACAACAAAUCCAUCAAAUCCGGACAAAAACGUAACUUAUAACGCUCUAUCAGAAAAUAAUGGAUCAAUUUCCGAGGAAAAUUUAACAUUUAUUUCAAGAUUCGAUAAAUCACUCGGCGACGAUUAUAUUAGAGUCAUAUUUGAUCUAACAAACAAUGGAAAUGAAUCAAAGCUAUUUGACAUUGGCGUAUAUGCUGAUAUUCAAAUUGGUGGUGACGAUCUUGCUGCAGUCCUACCAUUAACGGAUGGAAAAGGAUUUUCAAUGGAGAAUAAAAAGGAUCAGGAUCCAAGAAAAGGAGAUAUACUUACCCUUCUUGUUAGAGAUGGUUAUGAUGUUACCAAUGUUGACACUUUAUAUUGGGGACGAUAUUAUGACGAUCGUUCUGAAAUUGGUAGAAAUGUUUCAAAUCCAGAUGAGCCUUUGGAAAAUACAGAUUCAGUAUUUGAAAUCUCAUGGAUCGGAAGAGUUAUUAAACCAGGAGAGAAACAAUCAUUCAAUGUUCUUUUGAUAGUAGGAAACAAAAUUAAACUGCCACCAAUUAUUCACGUCAAUUCUUUCAAUAAAGCUCAAAUAAACGAAACAACCUUUACAGUUGAAGGAACUUUUGCUUCCGUUUAUGAUGACUCGAAGAUUGACCUCGAUUAUAAAUAUGGAGAUGAUGGCACAGAGCAUAAACU